AUGACAGGCAAGCCUACACCUGCAUGGGACUCUGGGAACAACACAAUUUGGGAGAACUACACUGACAUCGCUUUCAUUGUGGCAAACAGCUUGAUUCUGUUGAUCACUUCUGCUAUGGGGAUUGGAGCAAAUCUUUUUGUAAUACUGGCAGUUCUUUACCAAAAAUCACUGCAAACUUUGAAUAAUGUGCUGGUGGUGAAUCUUGCAGUCACAGACAUUCUGAAAUGUGUAGUUGACUGCCCCAUUCUCUUAACCAUUGUCACAACUGUGUAUCAAAGAGGAUAUGUGGACGAGUUGAUCUGUGAUACACAAGUUGCCUUUUUCUCUUUCAGCUGCUGCAAUCAACUGUUGACAAUGGCCUGCAUAAGUGAAGAAAGGUACCAGGCCAUUGCCCAACCCUCCAAAACUAGUCAAAGGCGAAGACGGAUUAUGGUACUGCUUCCUCUCACAUGGGCCUUGGCUAUUCUGGUGGCUGUUUUUUGUGUGAUAUUUGUAAAGGACUCACCCGUGUAUGAAAAAUGCAAAGGAUUAUCAAGAGCAACAUCCUCCUCCUAUGACACCUUUGGACUUUACAUGUUGUUCCCACUUUGGGCAUUUUGCUUAAGUGUUAUCAUUGGAUUCUAUGCUCGCAUAUUUAUCCUUGUGAGGUCACACAAUCGCAAAAUAUUUGACAGAGGUACUUUUCCUGUUUCAAAAACAGACAAAACAACACAUAAGCAGAAGAUAGAAGAAACUCCAGCGGUGGAAAAUGGACACGGAAAAUCAGAGCAAAACCAGUCCCUGAGCAAAAGUGUUGCUCAGGUUGAACAAGCUGAACCAAAUUCAUCUAAGAAAGAUUCUAUGGCUGCUCUACUGGCCUCAACAAAAGCUCCACAAUGUGCCUCCAUCAGUUUAGAAAAUAAAAAAGAAGUAAAAAAUACACUGGAGAUAACUGACUUGGAAACAGAACAUCAUCCUCCUGCAAUGCAGGCUGCAGUGCGGACUGAGGAGAAACCUUUUAAAACAGAGCAGUCCAAUCCCUGUGAUACGAAUAUUGAAGCAAAUAGAGAUGCUGCUGCCAGUGUUCAGAGCUCAACCACAAAACCGCAGGUGUCAAGCAAUUUUGACACAGAAAAGCGGUCCAAAGAGAGAGUUCAAAUUGACAAAACGCCCUCUGAAAUGAAAGAAACCAGCUCCCAUGUUCCCUCGUCUGCACAGUUAGAGAACAAAGAAUCCACUCCUGUUUUACUGAUUGAAUGUAAACAAGCUGAGAACAGAAAUGGAGGAGAAAAACUGAGUGUAGAUCAAGUGUUUUCAUUACCUCCUGUCCUAAGUAAUGUUCCUGAAACAGCAGCUACAGAAAACAACCUGGAGAUAGAAGGUGCUGUUUGCAUGAUGCCUUCCAAAGCAAGUAAAGAGAGAGCAAAAAAAAACAAGGAAAGUAAAAUGGCGAAGCGUGCUGGAUAUAUUAUUAUAACCUUCAUCUUAUUCUGGCUACCGUUGAUCACAACUAUCCUAUCUUCCUCAAUGUUCUCUAACACGUUUUCAUUUUCUAUGUUUUUUUUUCAGAUAACGAUCAUUUGGGACAUUGAGAUUCUGUCAGUCUCUAUCACCUGCAUCACAUCACUAAGUGACCCAAUAAUAUACGCUGCAGUGAACCCUCAGUUUCGGACAGAGUUUUACACGCUUAAAAACAAGUUUUUAUCCAUAUUCAAGAAAGAAUUAUAAUAUUUCUACUUCUACUGACUUCUGAGUGGCACUAGACCAAAUUAGCAUAUUCAGUAUUCACUAUGUAACUAAAUAUUAAAAUGGUUAACAUUUGUCAAGUCAUUGUUAAAAUAUUAACUUAAAGAAACCCCAGACGUCAAAAAGAAAUUUUGAUUUGGGUAUAGGAGGUAUAUUAUGUUAUGCUGCUGUGUUAUCUUAGAUUUUAUGCAGGCUGACUUUGCCGCAGUUACUGAACACUGCAGAGCAGAGGUGCUGCAUGCUGCAAGAAACAGCCUGAGCCGACGCAACCAGCUCAGCAGGGGGACCCUGCCAGCAUUCGUUGUCAAACAAUCACUGAAGCCUGGAUGUCUGUCUCCAGA